ACUUUGACAACGAGCUCAAUAUUACCUCCAAAGAGAAAGUGCUGAUCAAGAAGCUGAUAGAGCGCUACCAGCGACAAGGCAAGGAGGGACGGCCCGUCAUCAACACCACAGACUCGGUCCGAGUGGAGUUUGGGCUCUCUCUCAUACAGAUCCUGGACGUGGACGUUAAGAACCAGAUUCUCAAAACAAACGUCUGGUAUGAAUAC